AUGAGUUUGGUUGGAGAGAGAGAGAACACCAAGAUACACGACGAAAGCUACUACGGAACCAAGAUGAAUUUAGACAGUGAAUUAGAGAGCUACAAAUCAAUCCUCUAUGACAGCAAAAUACAAGACUUGUACAAGAUCAAAACCCGGGUCGAACACAUCAAAAGCCAAAUAACUAAUAUCGAGCAGACUCUAGGAGAAUUUCAUGUUGUUUCUGACGACCUUCUGAUAGAGAAGGAAUUAUCCAUCAUCCGAACAAACGGGAAGUUCUUUCUUUUCCCAACAACCUUGAUCAUGUGUGUCCUCGACAACCUCCAGACCCGAUUCUAUAUACGACAACAUGUCAUGAUCAAGGAAAAGAAUGAGAAAAUUGAAGGCCUCCUCCGACAUUAUGAUCUUCUUCACUCCGUACUAAUCGAAUUAAGAGGAAAGUAUAGAAAUGGAUUUUUUGAGCUCAUGAAAAACUGGGAUGCUUACUGUAUUGGGCUCACAGUUGCAGAUACUGUUGAAGACCUGGGAUUCCAAACCUUAAGAGAUUCCAUUGAGGAGGAGUUGAAAGGAAAAUUCAACAAAUACGACGUUGGAAGACUGCUCAGACUGAUGUCCUGUCACGAAAUCUCUUUCAAAAGAGAUAUAGCUGUUCCGAUCUCUCUAUAUUUCUCAAAUCUCAGCAAAAACUAUGGACACCCUAUUUUACACCCAGCAGAAGGUAUAGAGAAGCUACGUCAAAACUCAAAGAAACAGAUAGAUGUCGACGACCAGAUAGCUAAAAAAGCUUUGUGGAUGUUUAGGAAGACUUAUGUCACAAACUAUUACAGGAAGAAAGGAUACUACCCCAAACACACCAUUCUCGGAGACAUCCACCCAGUUCUUAACGAAUGCUUAAAGGAUGAGCGUGCAUUGACGAGCAAUGAAUCUCGGAAUCUCCCACUGUCUGCGUGGAGUAACAUACAGCUCGAAAAAAACCACGAUAUGAGUCUAGAGAUUGACGAAAAGGAACUGCUUAAAGACACGGCAUGUUCUCCUCCAAGAGAAGAGUGGUUCAGACCAUACGACCAGUGUGCCUUUAUGAACUUAUACAACCAAAGAAAGCCGAGAAGUUCGACACAUUUUGAACCAAGAGUUUUAGCGCGAUAUCUCAAAGGGGAUGAGGGCGAGCUUGCCAAGAAGAUUUCCGAUCAAGAGAGCUUAUAUUACAACCAUCUAAGAGAUGACAUAGUACAAUUGUGCAGAAAGGAACGAGAGCUAAGUGUAAAAGGACGAGUUUUUUGUAAGCAGAGUACGAAAUGA